AUGAGAUUCUUAAGCAUCACACAGCUAUUAAUUCUAGCCUCAACCUUUUUGACAAUUAGUUCAAGUGCUAUCUCAAGAGAUGAGUUCAAUGAUAAGACUAUUCAGAAACGUGAUUUCCCAAAGCAUGAUCUAGCACAAACCUUUCAAAAUGUAUGGAAUUCAGGUCUACCAGUCAGACAAAUGACUUUAUGGGGUGCUUUCACUUAUUAUGGAAGUAAAUCGACUUUUGGUCUCAUUGACCAAUGCAACCUAUGUAUUGCUAAUCAUCAAGACCCCCCAGGCACAAAUUGUCAGGACAGUCUUGAAGGCUUAGCCAGGAACUUAGCUGCAACUGUGAUGGCUGGUAUUGGCAUUGCUUACACUAAUGGCUGGUUGGGAAAAAGAGAAGACUUUUACUUGCGAGCAAUAUUGAUGGUAUUACUAACCUUCUUGCUAGUCAUGAUAUCAAUGUUACUCAUAAUGAGAUUGCUGACAAUAACGCUAAUGAUAACUAUAAUUACCAUUUAUUGGCUAAUAAUAAUGAAUCAGAAUAUUGCUAGUAAUGAAACACGCUCUAUAUCAGUACAAUAA